AUGUGCUCAUUCGGUUCUCGAACGGUAUCGUGCGCACUAAUGACAUCAGCAUCUUAUCAUCCGCUCAGUAAUCACCAUCCAACCGUCCCUUUUCUCAAUUCAGAUGCGUCGUCAUUUCCAAAUGCAAUUGCUCCUUUUCUUCGUCGUUCUCUCGUGCUCCGUUCACGGCCUUCUCGGCAUCGGACGUCUUCAGUCGGUCGCCGUUAGCGGAAGACUCAUUUGUGAUGGAAGACCGGCCGCCGGAGUGAAAGUCAAGCUGUACGAGAAAGAGUUUUGUGAGUUUCCCGGUCUACUACACAUCGAUCAUUGCUCCCGUUUCAGUCCUCGAUAGAAAAAUGGCAGAAGUGUACACGGAUAUGAACGGAGUGUUCCUGAUAACCGGAAGAAAACGGGAAAUCUCGACGAUUGACCCGAAAUUGAAUGUGUACCACACUUGCAACUACAUGGGACUGUGCUACAAAAAGUUCGGAAUCACCAUUCCGGACGACUACAUCACUUGGGGAAGCGUUCCUGACAGAACGUACGACGUCGGAACGCUCAACUUGGCCAACAAGUACACCGGAACGACCACCGAUUGCCUCAACUAA